AUGGAAAACAAUAUCUCGGUCGAAUCAACGGUGAAGUCGCCGAAAGACAACUGUAAACGAAGGGACACCAUCGACUGGGCCGAGUACUUCAUGGCGAUGGCUUUUCUGGCUGCAAAACGAAGCAAAGAUCCUUCGACCCAGGUCGGUGCCUGCAUCGUGAACGAAGAGAAGCGAGUGGUUGGCCUCGGCUAUAAUGGCUUUCCCACCGGCUGCAACGACGAUGACUUCCCGUGGUCGAAAACAUCGGACGAUCCGUUGGAAACGAAGUACGCCUACGUGUGCCACGCGGAGGUGAACGCAAUCCUGAACAAAAAUAGUGCGGACGUGAAAAACUGCACCUUGUACGUGGCCCUGUUUCCGUGCAACGAGUGCGCCAAGAUCAUUAUCCAGUCGGCGAUCAAGGAGGUGGUGUACAUGAGCGAUAAGCAUGCGCACAAAUAUCAAACGAUCGCGGCGAAGCGGAUGUUCGAUGCGGCGCGCGUUAAGUACACACAGUACAAACCGCGCCACAGUCGAAUUUUGAUCGAUUUCACCGAGAUCGAUUGGGACAGCUUGAAUCAGCUGCCAGCGACACCAAUGAAGUACGAUGGGAAAACAACUUGAAC